AGAUGGACUUUGUCUAUCACUUGACCAGUGUUCAUGGCGCCCGCCAGAUCGUAACAACAGUGAAACAGUGUCAGGGACAAGGUUUCUGGACUCCCGAGUCUCCGGUUUUCUGUCAGCACUACUCAAGCGUGACCUAGCCUGCUACACUGAGAGACUACAAGUAAUAGAAAUACUUUUAUACCGCUUGACGUGUGAACAUUUGCCAGACUUCGUCAGUGUUUGUUUUAAGCCGCUAUCAGCAGGUGAACGAUAUCAUUAUACAAGUGGGUCAGGUGAUGUGCAUUGACAUUUAUUGCUGCAGACUGGCCUUUAGCUAUGGCGGCAGUAAUCCCGGCCCAUGAAAGAGAGUGUGCUGUGUGCACCAAUGACUUCACCACACCAAAGAUUCUACCCUGUGGUCAUCUCCUGUGUCGACAAUGUGUCAUUUCCUGGAUGGAUUCAAAAUCCGACGCUGGUUGUCCUCUGUGUACCUGUCCUAUAGUAGAGCAUCAAGGUAAUUCAUCUCAAAUUGCAGCUGAUGUUGUCGACGCCCUGCCUACAGACUCUGUGCUGGAAGCGAUAGUAGAAAGUGCGAGUAUAUUGGUGAAGGAUGGCAUGUGCACUGUAUGUGAAGACCUCAAAGCUGAGUACAUCUGUAUCCAAUGUCUGGAAAAGAUGUGUCCAUCGUGUAGGAAAAUACACAAGAAGAUGGUAGCGACUCGCAGUCACGAUGUGGAGAGUGUCAGCACUGUGACACCUGAACGUCUGGCUGCCAGCCGCCCUGCACUGUGUGCUGACCACGUCACAGAGAAGGCGGAUUUUUUUUGUGUUGACCAUAACCUUGUCAUCUGCACGCCAUGUUUUUCUAACAAACACAGGGAAUGUCUAGAUGUCAAGUCUCUGGAUGAAAAAAUGAAGUCAGCUGAAGACGCAUUGGGUUUAUUGAGAGAAAAAUUACUUAAAGCAGAGGACAACCUGAAGCAAGCAUUACACAACCUAAAUGUGCGC